CGUCUUGAGUCACGUGCACAGCUCGAGCUCGUCACAUGAUCAGCUGAUGACUCCUUCCCCUCUGAUGGAUGCAGGAUUUCCAGCCUUCGCCGCUUCGAAGGGCUCACAGGAAUCCAUUUCUCUUCAAAAUACAAUCUAACAGAAAAUAACAUCACUGUAGCUUUAGGUCUAUUCGCGGGAAACCCUUUAGAUAGCAAAACUGGUGCUGUUGGUGGAGUGGAUGAUGAACGGGCACGCAAUUUUAUACACCGGGGUCACUUUGGCCUUCUGGUCGACCAUCCUGAUCGUCGGUAUUUGCUAUACUAUUUUUGACCUUGGAUUUCGAUUUGAUGUAGCAUGGUUUUUAACAGAGACUUCUCCAUUUAUGUGGGCUAAUCUUGGAAUUGGCCUGGCCAUCUCUCUGUCUGUUGUUGGAGCUGCAUGGGGGAUUUAUAUCACUGGAUCCAGCAUCAUUGGUGGUGGAGUCAAAGCCCCUAGAAUCAAAACCAAAAAUCUUGUCAGCAUUAUCUUUUGUGAAGCUGUUGCCAUU